CCCUUCAAAUCGUUGGAGGUUGAAGGCUUCAUUAAGCUGCUGUACAUCCGCCCCUUUGUGGCAUCGUCGCCAGGUGAUUUGAUGGCAAUUGUAAACCGCGUGGGCCGCGCUUCCCCCACUUCAAAAUUUCCUAAAAUUAGGUAGGUUACGAGGUCGCCCGGUCACGUCGUCCUAGAACCGAUGACACCACUGGGACUCUGCGGUAGGCUUUCGGAGCGUCACCGUCUCCCGGCGCCCUCGAACCAUGUCAAAAAUUGCGAUCAUCGCAGCGCUGCUGUUCGCGCUUUACGGUCUCGUGAGGAAUGCUUGUGUGCACAGGAACUACGGCAAAGGUAGCACCGUGUGUGUGUGCACCGCAGAACACUGCGAUCUGCUCGGAAGUGUGGCAAAGCAGGAAACUGGCGUCGCUGGCGUCUACGAGAGCAGCAAGGACGGAUCUCGAUUCCUCUCGACGACCAUAGAGUUCUCGCAAGUGGAUAUAAAUUUCACCGCACUGCCUCGGACGCACAGCGUCAUUCGCAUAACGCCGAACGUAACUUACCAGGAAAUAAUAGGCUUUGGCGGAUCCUUCACCGACGCUGCUGGCAGCAACCUGCUUCGCCUAAAGGAACCGCUUCGCACCAAGCUUCUAGAAGCGUACUACUCGGAAGAGGGCCUCAACUACAACCUAGGACGAGUGCCGAUUGCAAGCUGCGACUUCUCGAUGCGCGUGUACUCCUACGACGACGUUUCCGACGACUUCGAGCUCGCCAACUUCAGCCUCGGCCCCGAAGACAUCUAUUUGAAGAUUCCUUUUAUCCAACAAGCCCACGAACUGAACAAAACCGACCCCUUGUGGCUCAUCGCUAGCCCAUGGAGCGCUCCGGCUUGGAUGAAAACAAACAGUGACAUGAGUGGAAGGGGUACGCUCCGAGGGAGCCCGAACGGCACAUAUUACAAGACGUGGGCGCAAUAUUUCGUCAAGUUUCUGGAUGCCUACAAAGAUCACAGCGUCAGUUUCUGGGGCCUCACCCCUCAGAAUGAACCGACAUCCGGCUUUGUUCCAUUUUACCCUUUCCAGACGAUGGGUUUCACUGCUGCCAGCCAGCGCGAUUUCAUCAAGUUUGACCUUGGCCCUGCUCUCCUGGCAGGGGGCUAUGGAGCUGACAAGGUGAAGCUGUUGAUUUUAGAUGACCAACGAGCUUUUCUCCCUUACUGGGCUAACGUCGUCCUCGCUGACACUGAAGCUGCUAAAUACGUUUCUGGCAUAGGCUUUCACUGGUAUUGGAAUCACAUCAGGGGUGCCCACGUGCUCACAGAAACUCACAAGAGGCACCCCAACAAGUUUCUUUUGGCAACGGAAGCGUGCGAAGGUUCAACGUCUCUCUCAAAGAAUAGGGUGAUCCUCGGAAGCUGGAAGCGCGCCGAAAGCUAUGCUUUGGACAUCAUCCAGGACAUGCACCACUGGACCACGGGCUGGAUCGACUGGAACCUUGCUCUGGACACCAUGGGUGGCCCUAACUGGGCUCACAAUUAUGUUGAUGCUCCAAUCAUUGUGAACGUGACGUCCAAGGAGUUCUACCAGCAGCCGAUGUACUACGCCUUGGCACACUUCAGCAAGUUUCUGCCGCGUGGUUCGAAAAAAAUUGAAUCCGAGCCGGCACGAAAACUUGAAACUAUAGCAUUCCUCAGACCGGACAAUGCCAUAGUGUUGGUGAUUCUAAACAGGCGUUCCUCUUUGAGAACUUACACUGUUGUGGACGAACAGCUCGGUCAUCUAAAUUAUAGCAUACCGGGAAAUUCUAUUCAAACUUACAUUUGGUGGUUGCCCUAAGUGUAACUAUCUUGACUUAGUAAAUUAUGAAACCAUCUAGUGCAAUUGUGUGUAAGGUGUAUAUGUAUUAUUAUACGUUGCAUUUUUGUGAGUUGCUCAAGCAAGAACAAUGUGAAAUUUCAACAGGAGAACCAUUGCAUGACAGUGCUGUUGUGUCCUCGUCUUCCCUUGUAGUAUUUUUGCAUGGCUAUCUGUUGUAAAAAGAAAGAAUACUCACAAGCUCACUCUAGCACACUAAAAUAUAUGCACACUAAAUAUAUUUUGGCUCUGAUGCAAGUGCAUGAGCCAAAAUUACGCUGAUGUGGCACGAAUUAAU